UUAUUUAUAAGUAUUUCGCAUUAUGUAUUUAGUAAUAUAGUUAGUUCAGCAGCACAAUGUGAGCAAAGAAUCAUGACAAUAGUCUAUAGUGGUUGGGUCCUACACAUUCUGGAUCCAGUUAGGUAUAUGUUUGGUGUUCAUAGGAAUACAUGAUUGUUUCUCGUAUAAACAGCCUAGGGAAUGGGGCAGAGUGUCUGUUUCCUCUCUUGUGCUUUGGUUUCUUCUCUCCUAGGUGGAGUGGAAGAAAAGGACAAGAAUUUCCAACACAGCAAGAAAAAGCUGUGUUUCUUGUCUUUCUCCUCUGAUCUGUCUCUAUAACUCCUGCUGUUGCCCUCCCUUUGGGCCUUAAACUGUGUAUAUGAAAGAAAGUCAUAUCGCGCUUGGUCCUUCAGGUAACAACUUCCCUGAUUCAUCUUCGAUUCAUUUGAGUCAAUUUGCACUAUACAUUUUGUUUAUUUGAAAAUUGCAACUUCUUAAAGAACAAGAUAACAUGAGGUUAGUGCAGAAGGUAUCAACCAGAUAUUUCAUUUGAGAUACCUGAGUUCUGAUACUUCAAUCAGAUGGCAUGAACAGAUGGACUUAAGAUGUGCUAAUCCAAUCCAUCAAUGAUCUUACUUAUGCAUAUACAUUACCAUGUAUGGCAUGAAUUUUUGGUGAUAAUAUAGUUGCAUCCGUAGCCUGACAGUGCCAACCUAAACCUUCUUGUGUUAGCCUACUUUCAACUGUUGGCAGUACACUUCGUUGCUACCCUGGUCAAUACCAUAUUUCAAAUCCCGCCAACUGUGUUCCAAGGAGUUGAUGUGUCUGGAAAGGUUUCUCCAGGGCAGUACUUUUCAUAUGUCAGCUGCGACCUGAACUUGCUGAUCUAGUUUUAGUUUGGCUUUGUUGCACCGGAUGCUUGAAUUGUUCUCUUAUCACAAGAUAGUGAACUGGCUACGGGGUCGUAUGGAAAAGUAUUUUCCAUAUCUAGGAGCCAGGGUUUUCAGCUUGUUCACAUAAAGGCCAUGAUGACUUACCUUUUUUUUUAAAAUAGUUUUCUAUCCAGAUAUUCACUAGAAUAUAUAAUUUCUUUGAUGUGUCAUAUGAAAAAAGUGAACUAUUGCAAUUUAGUACUGCCAUAUAUGAAGAAUUCCAUGAUAGAGCAACGGGAGAGUAAAACCUGCGGACACCAAACUAAUACUGCUAAAGUUGACUAGUCUCUUGAGUCUGAAUUAACAUAACAGUGGGUCCAUGUUACUAUGUUAGCGGAGUUUACAUUUUGUGCCACACAGUAAGUUUUUGUUUUACUCAUCAUUCUAAUGUUUUUGUCUUCUACUCCCUCCGUUCCAAAUUACUCGUUGCAGAAAUGGAUGUAUCUAGAACUAAAAUACAUCUAGAUACAUCCAUACUUGCGACAAGUAAUUCGGAACGGAGGGAAUACAAGUUAUGAUGGAUUGCUGUCAAGCUAAAUUAUUUAGCAGAGUGCCUUAUCACCAUUGUAGUUGCAUGUUUGCAUUGUGAACUAAUUGCUGCUAUGGUAUUAUCAUGCAGUAGAAGACAGGCCAAAAGUUACUUUGGAUUUGUUUGAAGUUCAAGCUAGGCCAUCAUUAAUCUUGGUCAUUAGCAAUUUAAGAAAGGGUCUAGUAAUUUUUUGUUGAUCUCACAGUAAUGCAAUUUUUCUGAACCGCAGGAACUUAAGAUUGUGUGAUCAAGUAUGCUAGCUGCAGAUAGCAAUACAGGGCACAAUAGGCAAUCGACACGCCCCAAAAGUGGCUAUGAACCUUCGGAUACAGAAACUGAGUGGCAUGAUAGCCCUUGGAAUGAUGCAAUAUUGAAAUCACAGCGGACUCGGUUGCCUAAAGAUCCUGCUAGGGACCCCCAAGUUGGUGCUAGAAGGCAAAACACAUCUCCGAACCGUGUAAGAGAUUAUCCUGACGAGAAAACUUCAAGCUUGAGGAAUAAUCGUACUCCUCCCAUGGUCACCGAACAGAGGAGCCAUACUUCCCCAUAUGCUGGUGGAAACAAUGAAUCACGCAAGAAGAGCAGCCGGACACCUCCCAGAUUUCGGCCUUCUAUGGAAAAAUUUAGUCGAUCGUCGAUCAAGGAGAGGAUAUCCCGUAGCCGGUCAAUUUCUACACCGAAACUACGACCUCAUGAGAAGGAGCAUCCUUCUAGAGUUCCUGCAUUCCGUGGCACUCCUGUCUCAACACAGGUAGAAAGAGACUCAAUUGAUGUUAUGAAAGGUGGUUCACAUGCAGAAAAUUGUUCCCCAGAGAUCAAUGAGUUGGGUGCAAAUAGCAAGGGGCCUAGUUCCAAACAUAAUGAGUAUACAUGUACAAGCACAGAGUCUGCAGGUGACAUCUUCUUCUCCCGUGACUGUAGGGCCCCGCUUGCGAAAACAUUAGUAAAGAAUAACAGUAUUGACAAAUCCUUCACCUCUGAUUCAAACGUCGAUGAUGCUGAUGUUACUCAAGCAAAUAGCAAUAAUUUGGGCCGGACAUCACAGUUUGUUUCAGUUAGGACUGGUUUUUCACGAACUACAAACACCAGCCAUGCUAAUGGUCGGCACUCACAAGUUAGCAGUGGCACCACUUUGAGUAGGCGGUUAAACAGUGAUCGGUUUAGUGGGGAUAGUGGAAAGUUCAGUGAUUUCACUGAGAAACUAGUUGGAGGCGUCAUGAAAUUCACCUCUAGCAGGCAGAAGACCCAAAAUGAUGCUUGGUUUCCAUGUGCGAUUGGAAAGUCGUGCCGUAAACCAGAACCAGCGAGCCACAAAAAAAAUGAUGAUUCUGAAUCAACUUUUAUUCGGAAGGCACUUGUUGUGGAGAAGAUUAGACUUUUCUGGGCUGAUAAAUAUCGUCCACGGACUUUGAGUGGAUUUACUUGUCACAGGGAGCAAGUUCAACAGCUUAAACAAUUGGUUUCCCCUGAGUUUUGUCCUCAUAUCAUUCUCAAAGGGCCUCCAGGAUCAGGAAAGAGAUCAUUAUGCAGAGCAGUACUCACUGAGAUCUUUGGUGAUUCCUCUCUGAAUGUAUCUCACUAUUUGAAGAGUUGCAAUGCCCAGGGACCUGCAUCUGCGCCCAUUUUUGUCCCAUUAUCAUCAAGUGAUCACCACGUUGAACUCAAUAUGAGGACUCAAUCCAAGCAUGCUAGAUAUGCUUUGACAGCUCUGGCAAAUGAAAUGUCAAAUAAGCAUAAAAUUACUGAGAUAGCUGCAACCAAGAACUUCAAAGUUAUUGUUCUCUAUGAUGUUGACAAAGUUAGUGAGAACAAUCAGCGGUUGAUAAAAUGGAUAAUUGAUUCCUCCUCUGAUGCAUGCAAAAUAAUAAUGACUUGCCAAGAUGGGCCCAAUCUUCUUGAUUCUAUUACAAGCCGUUGCAAGCUUAUUAGCAUUAGUGUGCCAAAUACACGUGAGGUUGUGGAGGUUCUCACUCACAUAUCAAAAAGGGAGAGUUUCGAUCUCCCCGCAAGUUUGGCUUACACCAUUGCGACUCGAUCCGCGCACAACAUGAGGGAGGCGAUAUUGGCUCUGGAGGCAUGCAGAGCUAACAGCUACCCCUUCGUGGAUGGACAAGCUAUACCGCUAGGAUGGGAUGGUGUUCUUGAGGAACUCGCAGCAGAAAUUUUAGAAGAUCCUUCUCCCAAAAGGUUAUUUUUGGUACGAGGCAAGCUCCAAAAACUUUUGGUUGAAUCCGUGCCUCCUAAACUUGUUCUCCAGAAACUCGUAGAGCUGUUCCUGAAGGGAAUACAUGCUAACAUAAAGAGGGAUGUUUAUUACUGGCACGCCUACUACGAUAAGAGGUUGCCGGCUGGUGCCAGUGCACUGCUGAAACUGGAAGAAUUUAUCGCCAAGUUCAUGAGCAUCCACCGGAAGAGCUUGGCAGCCGAUUCAUGAAGACUUCACUAGAUCAGCCGAGAAAAUUUGGCAUGCCUGCACGCAGUUCAGCUGAACCCUGCAGCCAAUAUGUAUUUGGUUCACCGGUCAUGGAGCCUGCCGGCGUUCAUAGUAGUAGUAUUUUGGAGUGGGGAAACGAGAUGAAACGAAACGGGGACUGAAACCAGUCCGUUGUGCAGUAAGCCUAUGCUAUGUACAGUACAUGUGUUUUUGUGCAUUUGGUCAGUGUCUGUACUCGACGAGUCUAUUAUGCAUUUUCACAUCGGCGGAUUUGGAAUGUGAAGGAAUAGGUCUUCACAGGUGUUUGAAGUUUGAGUAUAUGUGGAGUCGUUUGCUAUAGCAUCUUCAAGGGCAAUGGUCGAAUUUGACGUCACAUAUGUCUGUGGACAUGGCAAUGGUCAAAUUUGGCACUCUGUAUGUUCGUGGACAGCAGGUGUCGAGCCUCAUUUCUAUUUGUCUAAUCGUGUAGUUGCACACUGUCUUUUAAACACCGAAGA